GGUGUUUAGACACAAGCCCAAAUCACCCGCCUUUCUGCGCCAGCCGCCCAUGGCAUGUCUGCCAUGGCACCCGCCGAAUGGCGCCCCACCCAGCGCUGCUGUUUGCGCCGCAAAGCUCGGUGAGCGGCAAAGAUUGGCUGGGCCGAGGUGGCAGGGCCUGUGCGUCGUGGCGCUCACCGCCAAAGUGGCGCGCGCUUGCCAAAGUAAGCGCAAGACGCUGGCAGUGGUCGGCCUGGGCAACGUCGGCCAGAGUUACGUAGACACCCGGCACAACAUCGGCUUCGCCGCCCUGGACACCUUGGCGAACCACUUGCUGCUGGACCAAGCGCACUGGCGCCUGGCAGAGGGUGUUUGGCGUCCCGCCUUUGGCGGGGAGUUGCUGCGCCUGCGGCGGAAGGAGGGCCUUUCGCCGCCGUCGAGCACGGAGAUCGAAAACUGCUCUGGCUGCCUGAAGCCGGACAGCUGCCCGUGCCCCAAAGCGAUUCGACGUUCCAAGAAGGCGAGGCAGAGGGAGGAGAACGCUUUUUCCGGGGACGUGGGCAAAGCUGCGUCCAGUGGUCGACGUGCUCUUCUCGCGUCUGUCCCACCGUGCCAGGAGUUGGCGCUGUUCAAGCCGGGGGCAAUGAUGAACCGCUCCGGGCCCCCGGUGGCGGAACUGUUGGAUGGCCUGCAGGUGGAGGAGACCGAGUUGCUGGUGGUUUAUGAUGACCUGGACCUCGAGCUGGGCCGCUUGCGGCUCCGCAAGAAAGGUUCGGCGGGGGGGCACAACGGCAUCAAGUCCAUCCUGGCGCAAGGCCUCAAGAAGUUCGUCCGGGUGCGGCUGGGUAUCGGCAGCCCCCCGAAGAGUUUGGGCCCCAACGCGGUGGUGUACCACGUGCUGGGCCAGUUCAGCGCGGAGGAGACGGACGCGGUCCAGGCGCUGCUGAACUUGACGGCGGACGCGGUGGAUGAUCUCGCCGAGGGCGUCACCGUGGACAACGUCAUGAACAAGUUCAACAAGCCCGCGAGCACUUGACUCG